GCAUCUUUUACACAACAACAAAAAUUCGACCUUCAUCGUGGAAACUACCGAGAAAUCAAUAAAGAAACUAUCAGCCGUUAUGGAGAACGCACAGAUUUCAUCAUAUGAAUUUGAUGGAGAGCGUCACCGCAUCACAGCACGAUUUUCCCUAUUCAAGGCCAUUGACCCAGUGACUACAUCAUAUCUUCACAAACUAACAGAAGAGCAGUGGAAGAUGUUGGCAACUGCCCACACUGACACGGAUAUCAUCAGCUUGCUCUCGGACCUGUGCCAGGAUGUAGUGAAGGCGAUCACCUGCAUGAUAAUGGACAACGUGUUACCUCAGGUCUAUAACAGUAUGCAGAGCUUAGGGUCCAGCAACACUUCGACUACAAUGAGCAGGAUUGAUGCGUCAGAGAUGGAUUUGAGUGAUUAUCUCGUGUCAGAGGAAGCCAUGCAGUGCUGCAUUCGAGAUACCCUGAAUGUCUCUCUUGCAGAGGGGAUGGGAGUUAAGGAGGAGAGUUCCCACAACGCCAAUAAACUGCUGGAGUUGGUCGCAGGGGAGGUGACGAGGAGGGUGAACCACUCUAUUACUGACUUCUUUUACGCACCCUCUUUCCCACCAUUGCCCCAGUCUAGUGGGUCUGACAUCUCCUGCCAGUCUCUCCUGGAUGACAUGGUGUACCAUACAGCCCAGAUCAUGCAUGGGUACAUUUGGAGAGAAAAACGUUUUGAAGAAACAUCCCAGGACAGUGAGUUCUCUGAGUUUUCAAGUGUAGACGAAGCCACUGACAGUGAGGAGCUCAAUGCUGAGGAUGCAGAAUCAAUCUGCUCUGAGAUAUCUGAUGUUUCCAGUCCUGAAAAAGUCACCAGCCCUGUGGAGUCGAUACAAACGGCCAUCAAACCAAUUAUAAAAUCAAGUCUCCACAAAAUAACAGAGGAGCAGUGGGAGUUUUUGGCAACUGACCACACUGACACCGAUACCAUCAGGUUGCUCUCGGGCCUGUGUCUUGAUAUAGUGGACAAGAUCACCCACAUAGUGCAUAAAGAGAUGUUUGCUCGGGUCCGGUUCAGGAUGCAUCAGACAGGGUCCAGCAACACUUCAAUCAUAAUGAACAGGAUUCGUGAGUCAGAGUCCCACUGGUUUCAUUACAUGGUGCAUGAGAAAAUAACAAAAGUCCACAUUGGGACAUGCCUGCAUUGGUCUGUUGGAGCGGGGAUGGGAGUUGAACCAAAGAGAUCCCAUAACACAGAUAAACUGCUGGUGUUGGUCUCAGCAGAGGUGACGAGGAGGGUGAACCUCUCACUGGCUGAAAUUUUUUCAUCGACUGCUUUCCCAGAAUUACACAAGGCUGUUGAGUCUAACAUCUACAACAAAUCUCUUGUGGAUGAUAUGGUCUAUCAUAUGGUCCAGAUCCUGCAAUGGUGCCUUUGGAGAAGGAAACGACUUGAAGAAGGAUCCCCAGAUGAUGACCCCAAUCUAUAUUCCAGUGCAGACUCAAUCAACGACAUUGAGGAGUUUGACGCUGAGGAUGCAGAUUCAAUCUCUUCUUCCUCUGAGAGUUCAGUCCUCCCUGAGUUUUCCGGUCCCGACGAAGUCACCAGUGUUGAGGAGUUUGACGCUGAGGAUGCAGAAUCAAUCUGCUCUUCAUCUGAGGGUUCAGCCUGCAGUUUUGAUAUCAUAAAAGCUUCUCCCAGACCGGCAGUGGAUGUAUCACGGAGAGAGAAUUUCUCUGGACAGAAGUCCACAGGAAGAAUCAGCACCUUUGUGAGGAAACUGAGGAGGUUUUUCCAGAGAAACACUGCAAGAGUCAAUCCAGCCUGUGAAGUCAUCCAACUGGAGAAUGGAUCAACACAAACGCCGCCUCCAAAGAAGAAGAAGCGUCCGGCCGUCACCAGGAUGUUCUCCUCCUUGGACAAGGUUCUGAGGAAGCCGUUCACCUCCUGCAUCAGUGGUGGAUCACAUGACGACUAGGACACACAAGUGUGUUCAAUCAGCACGAUUAACAGGAUUUCCUAACUUACAAAGCCCUUAAUGGUCAGGCACCAUCAUAUCUUGAAGAGCUCAUAAUACUGUAUUAUCCCACUAGAA